AAUACCGAGUAUACAUUUGCAAUCUAACUACAAUGACUUGCUCUAUCUCUAUGGCUGGUCAUGGUACAUUACUUGUGGCCAUGUUGAUAAUGGUAGCUUUCGUUGAGUCUGCUACUCCACCGGGGAUCGCUAAAAACCCUACCGAAGCAAAAUGUGAGGACCCCAACUUCAGACAAUGUCACAACUUGGUCCAUGUUUGUCCUAAGUUUUGUGAUAAUGGCUGCUACGUUCAUUGUCCCUCCUGCAAACCUGUUUGUAACAACUCCACCAUGCAAUCACCACCUCCCUACGUUACACCACCAACUCCUCAAACGCCUCCUACGCCUACACCGCCUUCUCCUUCGCCUCCUACGCCUACACCACCUUCCCCUUCGCCCCCUACAUGGACCCCUCCUUCUGCCCCUCAAGGAGCGAAAGCCAGGUGCAAAAACCGAAACUAUCCACAAUGUUAUGCCACCGAGCAUGCCUGUCCUCCAUCUUGUCCUGGAAAAUGCGAGGUCGAUUGUGUCUCCUGCAAGCCAGUUUGUAGCUGCGAUAUGCCGGGAGCGGUGUGCCAAGAUCCUCGUUUCAUUGGUGCUGAUGGCAUCACUUUCUACUUCCAUGGAAAGAAGGAUAAAGAUUUUUGCCUUGUUACCAACAACAACCUCCACAUCAAUGGCCACUUCAUCGGCAAGAGGAACCAAAACAUGGGUAGAGACUUCACCUGGAUUCAAUCCAUUGGGGUUCUCUUCGAUAAUCACAAACUACAAAUCAGUGCUCAAAAGACUUCCACCUGGGAUGACUCUAUCGACCGUAUCUCCAUCACAUUUGAUGGGGAAGACAUCCUUCUACCAAAAACCGAAGGCUCCAAAUGGCAGUCUUCCUCAACAACUAUCACUCGGGUUCAAGACACAAACGAUGUCGUUGUUGAAGUUGAAAACAUGUUCAAGAUCACUGCCAAAGUGAUUCCGAUUACAAAAGAGGAUUCAAGAAUCCACAAAUAUGAAAUAACCAAUGACGAUUGCUUUGCUCAUCUUGAUCUCAAGUUCAAGUUCUUCUCGUUAGGUGAGGAAGUUGACGGAGUUUUGGGACAGACUUACAAGAGCGACUAUGUGAGCAAGGUGAAAAUGGGAGUCUUAAUGCCUGUUAUGGGUGGAGAUGACAAGUUUUUGAGUGCAGGAUUGUUUGCGACGGAUUGUUUAGUUGCUAAGUUUAAGGGUAGAGCCAGCAAUGACGAAGGCUCCUCGUUGAACUUGCAAUUGCCCAGCGUGAGGUGCCAAAGUGGAUUGGAUGGUCGAGGCAUUGUAUGCAAGAGAUAGAUUGUUCAUGUUCUUGCAUGUUACUAAUAUCAUAUAGUUUUAACUAUAUAUGUAUCGUAGAAUGAAUAAGGAACAUCGCUAGCUUCCAAGAUCUUAAUGAAUAAAUGAGGACUUCCAAUGAUAAUAUAUUUCUUGAUACUAUUAAAUGC